UGACAGUGUCGUCUUACGCGAUGCGUGACGCCAACCUCCACUCCCGCGCUAUUGCGCUCUGAAACGGGCGGCUCCAACUCCACCGACGGCUGCCAUUAACCCACGUUUCACCAUCCAUACGUCAGUGUCGCGUAGCAGUGAUUCGCCUGUGCUCCCCGUCCCUCGUUCUCUCUCCUUCCGGUUCGCCUUGCCCUCGCCCUUCUGUUCUGCUCCAUUCCUCCGAGCAGUAGCAGAGAUCAAACCCACGGCGAUCUCUCCUCCAGAUAAGUGAGAAUUUUUAUCCUCUAAUAGUGUGACAAUCUUGUUUCCGGCAGCUAUUUCUGUGAUGUUUGUACCUUUUCUUGCGUCAACUUUCCAUCUUGGAGGAGAAAAUUCGAGUUUCUAGGUGUUACCUACCCAAAUUCCCUGCUCUAGAGUUGGUAUUUUUCUGCACACGACACCAGGUUUCAUGUCAAUCUGCUGCCGGAGCGUCAAAGGUGAGACCUUUCGCGGUGUGAUCCUUGUUUCCUCACCUUCUGGGGCCUAAUUUUCUCCUUAGGCCGCUCCCCAUGGAUGAUUCCCGCCUUCUAACGUGCCCGGACCCAGCGCCGAGGGUCACGGACAAGGGGAAGAGGGACGAGUGGAGCGAGGGCGGCGUCCUGUGCCUGUUGGAAGUGUACGAGUCCAAGUGGACACUCCGGAACCGGGCCAAGCUGAAGGGGAGUGAUUGGGAGGACAUCGCCCGCCUGGUGUCGAUGCGGUGCUCGGGAACUAAAGCGCUUAAAACCCCGACCCAGUGCAAGAACAAGAUUGAGGCGAUGAAGAAACGGUACCGCGCUGAGUCCGCCGCCGCCCAUGACCCCAGCUCUAGCUCCUCGUGGCAGUUCUAUGCCCGCAUGGAUGACUUGCUAAAGGGCACCGGGAAUUGCUCGGUUUUUCCGAAAGCCAAUCACGACAUCGAUCUCCAAGCUUUGCCGAAGGCGGAGGCGGAGGUCGAAGCUGACGGGCACUUACAUGAUAGCAAUCAUGACGACGGGUCGAAUUCGAUGCCCAUCAACAUGAAUGCUAAUGCUGACAAUAACGACGACGAGAAGAUGGAGAAGAGAGGCACGGACAGCAAUCUGAGUGCGCCAAGAGGCAAAAAGGAUGCUACUGCUGAGGAUGGUGCGAGAGAUCCUGGCAGUUCAUCCAAGAGGAGGAGAGUCACAGGGAGUGAGGUGGCAGACAGCAUCAGGUUUCUGGCUCAGUCCAUGUUGCAGAUUGAGCAGGUGAGGAUGGAGAUGUACAAGGAUUCUGAGAGGAUGAGAGCCGAGGCGGAGAUCAAGCGGGGGGAGAUGGAGCUUAAGAGGACAGAGAUUAUGGCAAGUACUCAGUUGCAGAUUGCUAAGCUUUUCAUGAAAAGAAUACACCAGAGGAGCAGUAAGAACCAAAAUCCAUCUUUGAGAAGUGAAAUUGGUAUUCUACCAAGGAGGGAUGGGCAGGGUGAUUAACUUCAUAAAGGGAAUCUACUUUCAAGCCAAGUUUUGGGUCCCUUUUCAUCCACAUGCAUUGACAUGCAAAGAUUGGAUCUCUGCAAUUUCGGUACCAAUAAUAAAAGUCUCCACGAUCUAUAGAUGUAUGUAUGAUUCGGUGUGCACUUUUAGAGAGAUGUUAAAAAACCCAAGAACCUAAAAUUGGAGAACAGUUGCCUGCCCAUGAAAGGGAUUACAGGUGCAGUGGCUAUCAGCUGGUUGAUAACAUACCCCCGGUUGCCGAGAAAUUAAGCUCUCACAGAUGUGGAUGCUUGGACUUCAUUGAUUGCAUCGGUUAUUGUCAUAAAUCCUCUGUGCUCACAUUCUACCAUCAUGGAAUUUGUACAUUAAGUUCAUGUUGUUUGGUUUGUGAUAGAUUAACAGUCAUUCCUUCUGAGUUUUUGGAGUCACCAUGCUGCAUCAUAUCUUCAACCAGUCUGAUGUGCCCACGAAAUCUUCAUCAUGUGGGUGUGAAGAAUGUUCUGCUGCAGCUGCCUGAUGUCCCUAUGAAAUCUACAUCAUUGUCAUUGUCAUCAAUCAACGUUUAUGGUCAUCAGAAAUGCAUUUUACAAGCAAAUACAUUUUAUGCUUUUCAAA